AUGUCUUUCGAUCUGGCGUCAGCUUUAGGUGGGGGGGAAGAGGAUGUGAAGAAGGGGGAAGCUCAGAAGGAUGAGAUUAAGUUGCCCUGGAAGAAGGACAAGGGAGACUGCAAGGACAAGUCCGACUCAACACACAAGUCUGACAAAGAUCACAAGUCUGAUAAAAAGCACACAUCCGACAAAGACGACAAGUCCCACAAAUCGCAUAAAUCUGAUAAAAAGCACAAGUCUGACAAAAAGCACAAGGACAAGCACGACAAAGACCACAAGAAGAAGGACAAGAAGAAGAAGGAAAGGAAGGAGGGACAUUCAUCAGGCUCCUCGUCGUCUUCAUCCUCCAGCAGUGAUGAUGAGGAUGGCAAGGACAAGUCUGGAAGUAAGCAAAAGUCAAAGGACAAGGAGUGCAAAGAUGGCAAGAAGAAGGAUAAGAAACACAAGGAGAAGAAGGAUGGGAAGAAAUCAGGCGACGACUCUUCUUCAUCUUCUAGCAGUGACGAGGUUGACCUGCGUAGAAAAAGUACAACAGGUCGUCGCUGCAAUGAGCAUCAGCUGUGA